AUGGAGGAUCUAGCCGAAGACCCCAUCGUGGAGCUGAUCACGAGCUUCAAUGAGCUAAAUUCUAGUGCUGUCGAAGAGCUAGAUGAGGAGCCGAGUCCGCUGGAGUUCAUGAGAUACGUGGCGAGGAAUACACCAUUCGUUGUGCGUGGAGGCGCCGCCGACUGGCCAGCUACACAACGCUGGAACGCCGCUUACCUACGAGAGUCUUUGGCCGGACAUCGCGUAAAUGUGGCUGUGACACCAUUCGGGAACGCUGAUGCUCCCACUAUCGUGGAUGGAGAACCCGAUCUAAUAUUCGCUAAACCCCACGAAGAAGAACAGGAUUUCGGGGAGUUUCUCGACUACUUAACGACGCAAGAAAAAGCAAAAAACUCUUCACCGGAGAGUGGCGGUGAGGUAAGGUACGCGCAGACGCAGAACGAUAACUUGCGGAAUGAGUACGCGCUUCUCUACUCGCAGGUUCCGCCAUCUAUUCCGUUUGCUCGUAUCGCGCUUCAGAAAAACCCCGAUGCCAUCAAUAUGUGGAUAGGGAGUUCUAAAUCGAUAACCGCGAUGCACCGCGAUAACUAUGAGAACAUAUAUGUACAGGUUGCUGGACAUAAGCACUUUGUUCUGCUACCCGCCCUAUGUCAGCCGUGCGUCAACGAACGGGAACUGCGGCCUGCCUCGUAUAUCCGAGGAGAAAACGGUCUUAACGAUCUUCGCUUGCAGAUGGAAGAUGGUGAUAACGUCCCUUUUGCCACAUGGGACCCUGAUAACCCGACUCUAAGAACUACUAAGUAUUCGCAUUUAGCACAACCUUUGAGAGUUACUCUUAAUCCAGGCGAUAUGUUUUACCUACCAGCGAUGUGGUAUCAUAAAGUCUUGCAGUCCUGCUCAGAAGAAGGCAUGUGUGUCGCGGUCAAUUAUUGGUAUGAUAUGGAAUUUAGCGGACCGCUAUAUCCUCUCAACUCUUUCGUCCGUAGCCUCCGUAGUCAAACAAGUAAAUCAUAA